AUGCGGUUAACGAAUCUUCUUUCGCAGACAGUUCUGCUAGUCUCUGCCUUACACUCGUCCGCUCUAGCUGCAUCCUGGACCUUUGCAGAUGGGUCUGUGAACGUUGCGGCCAAGGGUGCGGGCGUUGGAGGUGGCCUCAAAGAGCAACUCACCCCUUCAACGGCUCUCACCACGCCCAUCAAAUUGGGAGCGACCGAUAGUCUCAAAGUUACGUUGACCACGCAAGACGGCAAGACGGCCAAACGUCCACACCAAGCAUUCCUCCUACUGCAAGACUCGUCCAAGAAGCUCGAUGUCUCGUAUCCAUUCAGUGUCAAAGAGUCAGGAAAGGCCAAACUUGAGCUGAGUCACAAGGAUCUCCCGUCACAACUACUUCGGUCCACAUCUCCCCUCUCCGCAAGCAUUGUCAUUGCCUCCUUUGAAUCUUCAGCCGGAUACGACAGCGAAGCAUUCCCUCUGACAAUCGAACUCGAUCCCAACGUCCCUAUCCCUGCGGCCGAGACACCGGAACGAUAUGGCAAACUGCCCGAAAUUCACCACAUUUUCCGCCCUGACGCCAGAAGCCCCAACGUCGCCAUUAGUGCAUUUUUCUUGUUGGCAACUCUAGCCACCCUGCCGCCUUUAUUGGGAGCCUGGUUGUAUCUAGGAGGCAAUAUCAACCAUAUCUCGAAAGCUCUGUCCGACGCUCCUCUCUCACACGCACUCUUUCUCGGCUCCGUCGUCGGAAUAGAAGGCGUCUUCUUCCUGUACUACACUGCAUGGAACCUGUUUCAGGCAUUGCCAGCCUUGGGUGUCUUGGGAGUCGUUGCAUUCUUUUCUGGAAGUAGAGCACUUACGGAAGUUCAAGAGCGACGACUAGCAGGUUUACGAUGA